AUGGUGCGUAGUACUAAAGCUCAAUAUAUGGUUGAGUAUCGUAAGCGUAAACGAGCAGCUUUGGAAACUGACGCGAACGUGCCAUCGAAACCAAGACGUUUUCACGAAGACGAUGGUAAUAUUCCUCAUGUUCCGAAUAGUGAGAACUGUUCGAUUCGAGACGGAAUCGGAACCAGCGGGAAUUAUGGAGCCGAAAGUGAAAUAUUGCAUAUAAAUAAUAUCGACGCUAGUGCCUUGUCCGUUGGUUUGACAUGUCGUAAUAGUCUCAAACAAGGUAAAGUGCCAAAGCUAGCAGUAUCGAAUGGAUUCAAAUAUCAAGAAUACCCGUCAAAUCCAUCUCUUCCACCGCUUGAUCCAAUAACGGAGCGUUUGAUUUCACCCCGGUUGCCAUUUAUGCAAAUUCGGCGCCUGCGAUUUGCGACAGGUAAUUACGGAAUUGUCGGUCAAGUAAUCAACGUUCCAGUAGAUGUGGAUAAGAUGGUCAACGAACUGCCUCGACAGUUAGAAGACGACAGGGCGUUCAACGUCGCGAUAAAAAAACACCUUAUUCACAAAUCGACUUAUUUGUCAGGGUUUGUGAAGAAAUCGACAGUAAAAUCAUGGUUACAAUAUCUUGUUACCACUCCGCUUUAUCGGCGAUACAAUAUUACGUUUAAUGAGAACCAAUUAAACGUGAUGGGUGAAGCAAGUACGUCAAGUGAUUCGAAUGAUGUUAUGGAUUUAGAAACAAUUGAGAAUGAUAAUGAUGUUGAGUUGUUAAUAGGACAACAGCACACUCUUCUGUGGGACGAGGACAAAUGCCUUGAAUUAGCACCUGCACAGAAUACAGUGCCUCUAUCCAUCAUAUAUGAUGAGCACGCCGAAGAACUUUCCUUUCCGGAAAUUUAUUUGGGACAUCCAAGGACAUUUAAUCCUGAUAUACGAGUUACUCCGUAUAUGAUGGCUACUAGUGAGCUGAGGCGCCGUGACAGAAGAGGAGCUAAACCUCAACACCUGCUAUAUGUAGCAAUGAAGAUACUACGACUACGCGUUUCAGAGGGACUACAGUUAACAUUCAAAUGCAUGGCGACAGCAAACAUUACGCGUGCUAUGUUGAGUGACAAAGAGUUUCUGGAGAAAUGUGUGGAUCGCAACCUAUCAUUGAGUGCCAGUGAAACUAAAUGGCCAUUGUUACUUCGAACACUGCAUAAGUUAUCGGAUAAAAACAGUAACAACGACGGACACGACGUUAUCCAGCAACUAUCGGCACUGCAGCGAGCCACUCUUGUGAAUGAAGAUCCUGUCACAUGCUGCGUAUACUUCAAUAAAUUUGUUGAUGUUAUUAUGCAAGUAUUAAAGUCCACAAGACGUAGUCCGUUUGGCCAGUACCACGUGGUGGACUAUUUCAAACGAAUCGAGUUUCAGCAUCGCGGUAGCCCCCAUGCUCACAUCUUGCUCUGGCUAGCUAACGAUCCAGCUGAAGAAAUUUCCGAAAACAUGCCAGCAACGGUUCAGCUUAUCGAUCGGUUAUGCUCCGUAUGUGCUAAUGAUUUACCGGAGAGCUACGGUAAUCAAGUGCAUAAGCACACAUUCACGUGCUUCAAACGGAAUGAUAAACGAUGCCGUUUUAAUAUACCGUACUGGCCAAUGAAUGAAACGAGAAUUCUGUUGCCAAUUACUGCCAAUGAUGGUCGUCGAGAGCAAUUAAAACGACGAUCCGUAACAAUGCGAAAUGCUCUAGAGACAAGAACAUUCAACACACUCGAAGAUUUUAUCGAUGAUUGCAGGUGUACAUACGAAUAUUACUUGGACAUAAUACGGGCAUCGAUAAAUCGACCAACUGUUUUAUUGAAGCGUUCAAUGUCGGAAUUGUGGACGAACCCAUUCAAUCCAUGGAUAGCAAAUAUCCUUCGAUCGAAUAUGGAUCUUCAGUUCAUUCCGGAAGCGUUCUCUUGUGCUGCUUAUGUAGUUGAGUACGUCAAUAAAACGAAUCGAGGCAUAAGCAGCUUGCACCGUGAUUUGGUAAAACUACAGGAAGAGUAUCCGGAUCAAAAUUAUACCGCACUGUUGAAGAAGCUCAGUCUUAAAAUGUUGAACUCAGUAGAGAUGUCUGCUCAGGAAGCCGCAUGGUACUUACUUCGUCAGCCGAUGUCAGAAGCUAGCCGAAAGGUGGUGUUUCUUCCCACAAUGUGGCCUCACGAACGAAUCAAAUCGCGAAAACGAGUUCAACAAAUGGAUGAGGAAGGAAUUGAAAAUGAUUCCACUGAUGUGUGGACAUUGAAUAUAAUUCAAAAAUACGAAACACGUGACGGUUUAGAUGGUGUAUGCCUAGUUGAUUUCGCGGCUUGGUACACGAAGGAGAGAAAAGCCAAUGUUUACAAACUACGCUCUAUACCUCGUGUUCUUCGAUGGUGUUCAUUCGGCAUGAACGAGUUGGGAGAAUAUAAAAGAGAAAUGGUACUUCUCUUCUUGCCGUUUAGGAACGAGCUAUGUGAUAUUCUUGACGGGAAUAAAUUCAUCAGCUUGUAUGAUAUCAAUGAGGCUGAUAUUCUACGUAAAUGUAAAGAGUAUUCCACGGAUCUAGAUUUAGAGCGAACUGUCCAAGAAUAUCUUCGUUUGUACGCUGAAGAUGAGACCAAUGCGCAAGAAAAUGUUACAAACGAAAAACAUAAUGAGUUUGUUCGUACGAUUGCUAUUGACGCUAACAACGACGACAUUGACCAUCUGCCCGUUGGAGCUUUGUCUGCAGUUAAACAACGUAUGAAUGUCAUGAGUAAACAAGACUACUGCGAAAUGGUGCGCCUCACAAAUGCCGAGCAGCGUAAUCUAGUAUUGGAAGUGAUUAACAGACUACAUAGCUACGAUGAUAGCAAUGAAUCACUGCAAAUUUUCUUUACCGGUCCAGCAGGAUGCGGUAAAACAUUUACGUUGCGCAUUAUAAUGGAGACGUUCAAUCGUUUUAGUCAGGCGCACAACUCACAGAAAAAUGCAUACGUUGCAUGUGCUUCAACAGGAAAGGCAGCGGUAGCAAUCAAUGGUACAACAGUUCAUUCGGCUUUUAGGAUCACUAUGUCUCGAAGAAGUAACGUUAGCUUGAGCUUCGAAGCACUUCAACUAUACCGAAACGCAUUCGCCAAUGUUAAAGCGAUUAUCGUCGAUGAAGUGAGCAUGGUUGGAGCUGAUGUGCUCAACAAUAUUCACACACGUCUUCAAAAUAUCACAGGAAACUACGACGAUCCUUUCGGAGGAAUGAAUAUAAUUUUCUGCGGAGAUUUGCGACAAUUACCACCAGUAAAUGCACGGCCAGUAUACAAACCAUGUGCAAACUCAAUGCACGGCGCCGUGUUAUGGCAAUCUCUGGAUUUCUUCCCGUUGGUUAAUGUGAUGCGACAAAACGAUGGAGGAACUUUUAGUGAAAUUGUAUACGAUUACGACAAGAGUCAGGAUCAGCAACUGGUGUACGUAGGUUUAUCUCGGGUUACCUCUUUAGAUGGUCUCUAUCUGACGAAUUCAAGUAAUAAUAGUAAUAGUAAUUCCAUCACGCGAAGGGUAGCAAGUCGCCGAAAAUGUUAG